AUUCAUCCUGUCACAUUGUUUUAUUCAUAUUAUGGAAUGCAAUACCUGCCCCUUAAUAAGGAAAAACAAGGAAGAAGUAAAAUAGGCUAGGCCGCCAAUAUCUCUUGGUAACGGCUUCUGCUAAUAAAAGGCCUUAAGACAACGCCCCAAUUAAAUAUUUGGUUAAUUAAGCCUGCAAUUUCUGGUGGAUAUGGUAAUUCUAUGUCCUCCCUCUUCUUCUUCUUCUUCUUCUUCUUCUCCUUGCGAUUCUGCCCUUUCCUUCUCAUGGUAGAUCAUCUCCGAGAAUGUGCCUCCAUUUCUAGUCAAAAGAAGAAAGGUUUCAGCCUUCGGGACCUUACCAAACUUUACAGAUCAUUAUUCGCAUUACGAUCAUGGCGUCAUCAUAAGAAAUCAUUCUCAAAAGAACCUCAUUCCAAACGUCCUCAAACCAUCGAGGAACCUUACCAGGGCCCUGGAAACGAGAAUCGAGAUAAAGGAAACAUGUAUGAAGUUGGCAGCUAUAGAUACAAUGGAGAUGGAUUGCGAGGGGAUAGUCCUACGAAUUCUAAUAAAGCUUGUUUCAAGCAUCGAAGCAUGGACACUUUCUUUUCUUCCAUCCCUCCUCCUAUCUCAAGAAGUGCAAGCAAAAGGAGCCCCGGUCCUAGCCCCAGACCUUCCUUUGCGUAUUGGAAUGGAAGCCUGAGAAGCACAGAUACAAAAGGAAUAUUUCCUGAGGCCCCGUCAACAAGCUCAAGCCGCUGGAACGGCAAUCCCAUCAUGUUUUCAAACUCAACUGGGAUGAUGAAACCUCCGCCUAUCGAGAGGCAGCUCGAGUGCACGCUUGAAGAGUUGUGCUAUGGAUGCGUGAAGAAGAUUAAGAUCACAAGAGAUGUCCUUACAGAAUCCGGACAAAUAGUUCAGGAGGAUGAGAUUCUAUCAGUGAAAGUGAAGCCAGGAUGGAAGAAAGGAACCAAGAUUACAUUUGAAGGAAUGGGCAACGAGAGACCAGGAGCUUAUGCAGCUGAUAUAACGUUUGUGAUUGCUGAGAAAAGACAUAAUUUGUUUACAAGAGAAGGUGAUGAUUUAGAGCUGGCAAUCGAAAUUCCUCUGGCAAAAGCUCUGACCGGUUGCACCAUUCCCAUCCCUUUACUGGGCGGGGAGAAGAUGAAUUUGAGAGUAGAUGAGAUCAUUCACCCUGGCUACCAAAGGAUAAUCACAGGCCAGGGUAUGCCAAGCACAAAAGAACAGGGAAGCAGAGGAAACUUGAAAGUUGUAUUCCUGAUUAACUUCCCAACGGAGCUUACAGAUGAACAACGAGCCACUGUGGUUAGUAUUUUAGGGGAUUCCUGUUGAUGAAUAUGUUUUAGUUUCUUUGGGAGUCCAGAGUUUGUUUCUCUUGUGGAUAUUUUGCGUUGCAACUGAAUUUCAACAUUGUAAAAUGUAUUAGUUAGAAACUCUGCAUAUAAUUCAAGGAUUACAUCUCUGUUCUUGCA